AUGUUGUACACGGUCCCCUUCGGCGAAUGGACAAAGGCUGAUGACUACCCUAAACUUCAAACCGCAUGUGUCGUACAUGAAUGUACGGCAUGUGUCGUACAUGUUGUAUACCUGGAGUGUGUAGCCAUAGCGGCCGUCCGUGAGCAGCCGGCAGUAAAACCCAGAGGUGUCGAAGGUCUCCGUGGAGGCGAGUACGAAGCUAGCAAAGCUGGACAAGGCAGACAGCAUUGUAUUGCAGUCCAUGCCGUCGAUACCGCCCUGCGGUACGAGAAUUCCGGCACCGUCACGGAGGCGCCCCAGCCGCAGCUAGGCUGUAGCAAGGCGCUGGCGUUGCGCCAAGUGGUGGCACUGCGCAUUCGCAUCAGGAGAUCCGCCAGCCCCCCCACUUGCGGGUAUUGCACCGUCGCGUUCAUUUGGGCUCCCUCGCCCACAAUGUCACACCCAGCGGCGGUUCGUACUACUGCCACUCGCUACAUCUCUGUUGUGAGGACCCCUGCCGAGGCACCCAGUCCGCUUGGUGCCGCUGUCGCGGCUGCUGUUGAUGCUGCCUCUGCUACUGCUGAGUCUGACGGCAGCUGCGGGGCAAGCCCCGCUGGGCAUUUUAGGGUAGCUGAGAACUGGAGCGCCCGUCGCACAUCCAUUGGCAGCAUCUCCGUCCCUGAUGCCGUCUUCUCCCCCCUUUUCGCUGCAACAGCUGUGCACGAUACGAAGCGGUUCAAGCUGGAGGGCUUCGCCGCCGUGGCCAUAGUCGCAUCCGGCCACUUUUUGCCGUCGGUGUAA